AUGUGUUCCAUUCUAACAAAUACUGACUCGUAUCAGAUGUUUCACGAUCUAAAUAGAGAAGUUCCUAAUAGUUUAAUGCGCCUUACGCAGAAAGUACUAUUAAAAAUCAAGAAAGGUAACGUCGAGCAGACUGCUAAGCGACCACGUUCGUUCAAAUCACAGAUUGGGCUUUCUGUUGUUGUUUUUGAUGGUUAUGCUGACAGCACCAAAAACAUAAAAGGAGUGGAACAACGUCGACGAGCUGCAGUUGCUUCAACAUCCUCAUGCGCGGUACGGUUUAAUGAAGCGAUGGACGCGCCAAUUAGCCAAGAAAAGUUCAUUAGCAAUAUUUUCAAUAGGAAGCAAUGGAUCGAUAUGCUUACACAAUUAUUGGGGGAAGCCAACAUCGAGGUGAAGCAAGCUCGGGAUGAUGCUGACGUCCUCAUUGUUGAGACAGCUAUUGAAUGA